AUGGCGGCCCCCGCUGCUGAAGCCCCGGCGGCCGUCGCGGCCCCCGUUCUCCCUCCUGCCAGAAGGAAGGAUGCGGAUCCGGCUCGUCUCCAAACCCCGCCGCUCCUUCCGGCCGCAGGCUGGUCGGACCUCCCGCCCGAUCUCGUCCGCCGCGUCGCCGACUCCCUCGUCGCCGCCAACGACCUCGACUGCUACAUGGACUUCCGCGCCGUCUGCUCCGUCUGGCGCGCCGCCACCGACGACCCCAGGAGCGACCCCUUCGACCCCCGCUUUCGCCCGCGCCGGUGGGUCAUCCUGGACGACGGCGACGACCUGCUGCUGCUGAAUGCCGCCACGGGGCGCUUCCUCCGCAAGAGGAUCCCGCUGCUCCGCCGCUACCACGUCCUCGCCGCCACUCCCGGCGGCUUCUUCGUCCUGGCGGACAGGCACCCUUCUCGAGCCGCCUGCGUCUUCAAUCCUCUCACCGGCGUCGUGAUCCGGUUCGCGGCACCCGUACCAACCAAGAAGGUCGCCGCCGCCAGUGUCGUCUUCGGUCCCAGCUCUUGGCCCACGCUCACGCUCAACUUGCUCUGCGACUCUCCUUCCAAAAGUUACUCGGCCACCCCUGACAUGGAAAGUUUCGAAGAAAAGGAGCUGCAGUUGCCCAUUGAUUGUCAUAUCUCAUUGAAGGCAGUCAGAGGCGGUGUCUAUGCCGACGGUGGUGGCGCUGCGCAGGGAUUCAGGCACGGGGUUUCUGUUAUAUUCGAUAUCUUCGAUUUGAUACAGUCACUUCAUGUCCAUCCAUCAAUGUUUUAUGCUGAGGAUCUUCCUGUGGCCGGACACGCAAACGACCAUACCCGGUUUUUCAUCGUGGAAUUUGGUGGAGAAGUGCUGAUCGUCAUCAAGCUGCAGCGACGUGUCAAGGUUUUCAAGAUGGACGUUAGUAGCAUUGUGCCUGUGGAGAGCAUCGGCAGCCAUGCCAUCUUCAUCGGUCAUCACAGGUGCCUGGCUGUUGACACCGAUAAGUUUCCAUCUGUUGAGUCCAACUGUGUCUAUUACGUUGAGCGCCUGGGUUCGUCCGCGCACAUCUGCAUGUACAAUCUCAAGGACGAGAACGACGAGAGGAUCUCAGCUGGCGAUGUAGAUUUCGUGAAGCUGCACGAGUUGUUCGUCCUCGCCGCCCACCGCCCUUUUACCAUCAUCCAGCUUCUCUCCAGCUACACCAUCAAUGUCCGGGAUUCUCAACUGCCGCUACAACAGGGCGCCAACUAA